AUGUUGAGCAAUGCACUUGAAAACACUGAAUCUCGUCGUCUAUUGGGUGUUGUUGAUGAAAUGAGAGAAAUACUGCAUCACGAAAAAAUUGCUCUUCCUCAGAUUGUUGUAGUUGGUGAUCAAUCUGUUGGAAAAUCAUCUGUACUUGAAGCUUUGAGUGACAUCCAACUUUCCCGGGCUCAACAGAUCUGUACGCGUUGUCCGUUCGAACUACGCAUGAAAAAUACAACAUCAAAUGAAUAUGCCACGAUUCGAUGUGAGGGUGUCAAAGAGAUAAGAAUCACAGAUUUCGGUACAAUCGCUUCCACGGUGACCGCAUGUACCAUAAAACUAGCCGGAAAUCAGCAUGAUGUUUCGGCAUUGCCAAUAUAUUUAACAGUCUAA